AUGGCCGGGCCACAGCUGAUGCCCGUGGCCAGUCACUGGCUGUUGCUGCUGCUGUUACUGCUGCUGUCAGGUGAGCUGGUGCCCGCAAACAAUACAGAAGGCUUCUACGAGGAUUUCACAGCCACCAUGCCAGCUCUUAUCGCCUUAGACCUCAUGCCCCUGUCCCAUCUGCCAUUGAGGGGCUGGGCCAAGGCCACCAGUGAGGCCAGUGAGGGGGGGCUAAGACCAGUUGAGGCCUGGGCAGCUGGCAGGCAAAGCAGCAUUUUGAUCCCAGCUAUGGUGUCCACAGGCAGCCCUUGUUCCCUGAUACGGCAGAACCCACGUUUUGUGGCCAGGAAACGUGGUUCCAAGGUGAUGAUCCGGUGCCAAGUAAAAACAGAGGACCAAGUGGAGUGGCUCUGGAAGCAAGAGGGGGACCAGGCGCCCAAGUUACUGACCUUAGAUCCUCCAAGGAUCUACCAGAACAAGACCCAAUCGAUUAUCACCCUCAUCAUCCAAGGCAUCCAGUACCAGGACAACGGCAUCUACUUCUGUCGCCAGAAGUGCCCAGACAAGACCUCUCAUGUGGGCUGUGGCACAGAGCUGCGUGUCAUGGGGUUCAGCACGGUGGCCGAGCUUCAGCAAAGGAACAUGCUGAAGGAUGGGAUCAUCAUGAUCCAGACCCUGCUCAUCAUCGUCUUCAUCGUUGUGCCCAUCUUCUUGCUGCUGGACAAGGAUGAUGGCAAGCCUGGCAUGGAAGAAGACCACACGUAUGAGGGCCUAAACAUUGACCAGACGGCCACCUAUGAGGACAUUGUGACUCUGCGCACAGGAGAGGUGAAGUGGUCAGUAGGCGAGCACCCUGGCCAGGAGUGA